GGGAGGGAGAAGUGACCUGUGGGAUAAGGCAGUAACUGUUCUGGGGUUGCAGAAGUGCUCAGAAGAUCAUCACGUAUAGUGAUUCUCUCCUACUACAUAGGAAUAAUACCGUGUAGCUGAGGGAGAGUGACUCUCAUACACUACUGCAUUUGGUUCCAGAGUUUCCAUGCACAAACAGACAUUGACAGGAGGAAACCAUUGACAGCCUUGAAGACUGAGAUUUCCAGGACUAUCAGGAGUUCAGAGGAAAUAAGUUACUGCCCUGGAAUCUCAGCCAGGGAGGAGCUCAUCGCCCCCCCUUCUCUUGGGAUCCCCUUUUAUCCUGAUCUUCAGCUUGUUUUCCUCAUCUAAAGUACAAGGGAGAAUUCAGGGAAUAUUGGAAGGGCGACGAGCAUGGAAGUGAACCCCAUCCCUGUUGUAACAGUGCAGACUGUCCCCUAUGAUGAUCAGAAACCAGGGAGCAAUGGAUUUAGGAAGCCAACAGCUGUAUUUGAAAGCAAGAGAAACUAUCUUCAGAACUUUAUCCAGAGUGUGCUAUCCUCUAUAGAUCUGCGGGAUCGUCAGGGAUGUACUAUGGUGGUGGGCAGCGAUGGCAGGUACUUCAGCAAGACAGCCACAGAGGUCGUUGUACAGAUGGCAGCUGCCAAUGGGAUUGGUCGCUUGGUUAUUGGUCAGAAUGGAUUGCUGUCCACUCCUGCAGUCUCCUGCAUUAUCAGAAAAAUUAAGGCAACCGGAGGAAUUAUUUUAACAGCAAGCCACAGUCCAGGAGGGCCUGGUGGAGAUUUUGGGGUCAAGUUCAAUGUUGCCAAUGGAGGUCCUGCUCCUGAUGCGGUUACAGAUAAGAUUUAUCAGAUCAGUAAAACUAUUGAGGAAUAUGCUAUUUGUCCAGAACUGCGGAUUGACCUCUCAAGAGUUGGGAGACAGGAAUUUGACUUGGAGAAUAAGUUCAAACCAUUUAGAGUUGAAAUAGUGGAUUCAGUGGAGGUUUAUCUCAAUUUGCUCAGAACAAUUUUUGACUUUAAUUCUAUUAAGAGCUUGCUUACUGGUCCGAGUCAGCUGAAAAUAAGGAUUGAUGCAAUGAAUGGAGUGAUGGGUCCUUAUGUGCGAAGAAUACUCUGUGAUGAAUUAGGAGCACCUGCCAAUUCUGCAGUCAAUUGUGUCCCCUUGGAAGACUUUGGUGGGCAGUAUCCUGACCCCAACUUAACAUAUGCCAGUGGUCUCUUGGAGGCCAUGAAAGGGGGAGAGCAUGGCUUUGGAGCUGCAUUUGAUGCUGAUGGAGACAGAUACAUGAUCUUAGGCCAAAAUGGCUUUUUUGUGAACCCUUCUGAUUCCUUAGCAAUUAUUGCAGCCAACCUCUCCUGUGUGCCUUACUUUCGACAAAUGGGAGUGCGAGGUUUUGGGAGAAGUAUGCCCACUAGUACAGCCAUAGACAAGGUUGCAAAAGCAAUGAAAGUGCCUGUAUAUGAAACUCCAACUGGCUGGAAAUAUUUUGCAAACCUAAUGGAUUCUGGGCGAUGUUCAUUGUGUGGAGAAGAAAGUUUUGGCACAGGUUCAGAUCAUCUCAGAGAAAAGGAUGGACUUUGGGCUGUUUUAGUCUGGCUUUCAAUUUUGGCUGCUCGUAAGCAAAGUGUAGAAGAGAUUGUGCAUGAUCACUGGACAAAGUUUGGACGCCACUAUUACUGCAGAUUUGACUAUGAUGGUCUUGAGCCUAGGACAGCUUUAUUCAUAAUGAAAGAACUGGAGUCUACAAUAAUAGAAAAGACAUUUACCACUCAGCAGUUUGCAGUUGGAAGUCAUAUGUACAGUGUGGAGAAAACAGAUAGUUUUGAAUAUGUGGACCCUGUAGAUGGAACAGUGACAAAGAAACAGGGACUCAGGAUUCGUUUUGCAGAUGGAUCAAGGAUUAUUUUUAGACUCAGUACUUCAGGUUAUGUGGGCACAACUCUAAGAAUUUAUGCAGAAAGCUAUGAAAAAGACCCAAGCAAGCACAACAAAGAGACCCAGGUGGUGCUUGGCCCUCUCAUAGCCAUUGCUUUGAAGCUUUCCCAGAUUCAUGAACGGACCGGACGUAAGGGACCCACCGUUAUCACCUGAAUCUACCCUUCAUAUACCAAUAUGGGCCAAAGAGUGUUCAAAGAGAGAUUUAUGCAUCUUUCAAUUAUUGCCUUUAUUUUGCUGUAUAUGCUUUUCUCCUCCAAAGUGAUGUGUUUGUGUUUAUCAUGUUCACCAUUACAGUUUAAUUAAAAUAAUGUAAUUUUA